AUGGACCCUCCCCAGCCUUCAAGUACCGCAGCUGCAAAUGAGGCGGCUGUAACCCCAACACAAAAUCAACCGGUGCAGCCUGUACCUCCGGGGCAAAGCCACGAUAGAAUGGAGACGGACGAAGACAGUGACGAUACGAGGUCAGAAACAGGGAGAAACACACCUGAACAGUCUGAAUCAACCCCGGAGACCGCUCCGCAACCAGCUGCUGUAGAUGGUGAACCCAUGGACACCACCCAAGAUCCACCGCCGGUGACCGUUGCUCCUACGAGCACGCAGCCUCCACCCCCAGCAGCUACCGAGACAACAAAUACCAUUAACAACAUUCUUCGAAUUGGUAUGACUGCGAACAUUAGCAUGGGCUCGAACGGCAUCGCAACGUUGCUAGACACUCCAACCUUCUCGCUCAAUAUGAAUGGCAUUGAUCAGCAAAGUGGCAACGUCCAAGUCACCAUUCCCACUGGCGCCCUUGAAAGCAUCCGAGCAAGCAGACAACCUCCCCCACCUCAGAGAGAAGACUCUGUCGAGUCAAGAAGACGAGAACGCCGGGAAGAGAGGGAGCGGGAGCGUGAAGAGGAUAGAGAUGACUCGAGUGAGAGCUCAAGCGACGACGAAGAAAACCCAUAUUGGGCGAGUUUCAAGGAGGACACUUCUUCACCGGACGAACGAGAGAUUCAAUCCAUCGAAGAAGCGGAGAAAAAUUUGCCCUUGGCCACUGAUCAUGAGCACUGGGAAAAGACUACAUUCGAGUCAAUUGAUGACCCCGAGUACAUUCCAGAUCAAAUAGGUAGGAUUUCGUGGACUCUCAAAGGUGUGCAUGGGACACCGGACAAGCCAAACAAGGAGCGGAUUAUGAGGUCUCCGUCUGUGAAGAUCGGAGACUACUAUUGGAGCAUUAAAUAUUAUCCAAGGGGAAAUGAUGGCACCGAACAAGUGAGUGUAUAUUUAGAAUGCUCUCCUAAAUCAAAUGAGGAGGUAGAAAAGCAGGAGAGUGAGCAGGAUAAGGAUAAAGAAAAUGUCCCACCAGUAGCAGCAGCCCCUCUCACUGAAGGUGAGGCGAGCGACACGCAAAUGAGUAGUGCACCCAUGGAAGAAAGUCAGACACUGCCUGAUGCCGGCUCUACCACAACAGAGCAUCCGGCUACUACUGCACAGCCAGUCCAGUCACAAGCGACCGAAGCUACUCCCGAUAGUGACAAGCCAUGGCGUGUACCCGCUCAGGUAUGUUGUGUCAUGUACAACCCGAAUGAGCCACGAGUCUAUGUUCAGCAGAAAAGCGCCCAUAGCUAUUAUAAUGAAAAUCCAGAUUGGGGCUGGACGCGCUUCCACGGUCCGUGGGAUGAUCUUCACCAGCGAAAGCGGUUUCAGCGUCAGGCCAUGCUUCGAAAUGACACCUUGGCAUUCACUGUAUACAUCCGUACCUUCAAGGAUGAGACUAAUGCGUUAUGGUGGCAUGCACCGAAAGACAAGGCCGCCUGGGACAGCAUCGAAAUGACCGGUGUGCGUGCCUUCAAAUGUGUCCGACCCGACCAAUCUAGCGCUGUCAUCUCUGCUCUUUCGACAUGGCUUCAUCUCACCCCAAUCUUGAAUAUGAUCCGCGAGGCACAUAUUCCUGAUUGCUUCACUGAGCCUGACAUCCGACCGAGGCCUUUAUUGGAGGAGUUGAGGGCUAUUCUAGAAGAAACGGGGGAAUACUCAGAUAAGACCAAGGAGCUUUCUCUGAGCCUGAUUUCGACAUUGAUGGAUGUCAACAGCUUCGAUGGUAUUCGAAAGAUGGAUGUCGUAGCGUUGUGGGAACAUUUGAGACGCCUGUUGACAUUUGAGGAUUCGAAUGCUUCAUCGCUGGAAGAAGCUUGCAAUUCAAAUGUAGAAGCCUUCAAAGACAUCCUUCUCCUUAAGCAGCCCGAUCUCUUUAAUCUAGAUCCACAGUCGCGGAGAUAUCAGCCCGAGGGCCGGGAUGUCCCCGCUGUCGCUUCCACCCAUGAGCCUACAAGUGUUCAGGAAGCUGUGGAUCUUGCCUCGCAGCACCUGGAGAAGGCUUUCCGAGCGUGGGAGUGUUUUCCACAACAGCGUCAAGAGCUCUCCAAGCAUCCAAAAGUGUUGCAGAUUGAGCUCCACCGUCAACACUUCGACCAGGCCGACCGUAAAUGGAUGAAGCUGGGCCACAAAAUUGCACUUGAUGAGCAGAUCACCUUUUCGAAUGCUUCCUAUACCCUCUACGGCAUCAUUGUGCACAACGGCUCGCUUGAAUCACAAGAAUUCUAUUCCGUCAUUAGACCAGCUGGACCUAAGACUAGGUGGCUUAAGUAUUCGGGUGAGAGCAAUUCGCGCAAGGUUUCAGUGUUGACAACGAAGCAAGCUACGACGGCCCAUGAAGGCAGCGGACCUCCAGUGCUUGACAAGAAGAGCUCUGCUUCGAAGAUAGAAAAUGCUGCUGUAGCGUAUGUUGUCAUGUAUGCACUCACAGAUUCUCUGAAAUCGAUUCUCGAAACACCUUUCGAUCGAAAGCUGCUCGACUCUCGCAAGACUCAAUCUACGCCAGAACUUCAAGCUGUCAGUAAUGCAAAUAGUGAGACCACGUCUGCACCCUCACAAGAAAAACCUCCUGUCCAGGUAUCGGUGUACUUUUACUGUGGUGACGCCUUCUCUGGAACAGAUGAGAUUGAGACAUUCGACCCUUGGUCAGAACGAAUCCGGAACCAAAGUGAGGACGUAUGCCAAAUUACCCUUCCCGAGACCGUGAAGGUGGAGGAGGUCAAGAAAAUACUGGAUCAUAUAUUAGGAAAACAUAAGGAUACGGGCCCCACCAAGCCAGUCAACAUCUGGCUGCUUGAUUCCAGAAAGCCUUGCCUUGGCUCUUCGCCCGCAUUUUACUCUUUUGAGCGUCAUAAAGAAGAGGCCUUGGAGGUCGUUCCUCAAUUCAGUGAAGGGUGUAGGUUCUGGCUAGGAGGCCAAGAUUUGGCUAUCAUUCGAAAAGUCCUUCAGCAGCUUAAGAAUGAAGAUCCAAUGCUGGUCCUAGAAGAGGUGAAAAAGGCUGAGACGGCAGCGAGGGAGGCCGAAGACAAUACUCCUCCUGUGGUGGACCAGCAAAGUACGAGCACGACUGAGGGCCAAGCCGUAGCUGCUCAAGCAACUGGAGAAAAUGCCAGCUCAAGCAUCGAGCCACCUGCACCAAGCCAACAAGUAGAGGAGCAAAACGCUACUGCUACUGUGCCAACUACUCCCGGAACUUCCACUGCGCCAGCUGCUACCGAGGCUACUACUGCGUCAAAUGCCACUGAGACUGCUACCUCGCCACUGACUACUGGUUCUACUUCUGAGCCAGUUGUUACUGAGUCUGCUGCUGUACCUCAGAGUAACACCACUGAAGGAGAGAGUGCUACAGUGCCGAGUCAAACGAAUGAAACGCCUACGCAAGAACAGACUGACGCCUGGGGUGACGCGCACGGGACCUCUGGUCCCCCAGCAAUCAUUGCAGAGGAGAACAAUGGCCUUGAAGCGAGCCAUACUGACGUUGUGAUGACUGAUGCUCAUGACAACGAAGUACAGCCGCCCCCACCCCAGCCAACAGCUAGUCAGCCUCGCCAGACAUCGAAGAAGCCACCCAAGGCCGCGGUGCGUCAAGUAUUUUGUUUCCUCAAAGUUUUCGAUUGGGAAAAUCAGACACUAUCAAGCACUGCGUCAUUCAGCGCCCCUCUUGCGUCCAGCGUACUGUCCGAGAUAAUGAAGGCUAUGGGCGUCGAGAAGAAACCAAACUCGGAUGAUGAGAUGACUGAUGCUGAUCAACCCGAAUCGGAGCCAGAGCAAUGGGAUGUCUAUCAUGAGCGAUUCCAAUUCUCCAAAGCCUACGACCUAGUCACAUCAAAUAUGACUUUCGACAACUUCACUCUCAGCACCGAAUUUCUGCCUGGUGAUAUCCAGAUCAUUGUCCCUACUGACGGCGCGUGCUUCAUAGCGCAGCGCCGUCCCAAUGAAGAACAGAUCAGCGCUCUUAUUGCUGCCGGCAAACCUACCACCGUAUCCCAGUACAUUUCACAUCUUCUCGCCCAAACCUACCAUCCUGCAUAUUCCGUCCCCCAACGCACAACCUCCUAUCUCGGCUCCAACUACUUUUCCGGCUCUCAAUCAUACUCCCGCCCCCACGGUCAAGGCACGCUCGUUACCAUGACCGGCGAUACGUACACCGGCCCCUUCACCUCCGGCCUCAAGUCUGGGCCCGCUGGAAAAAUGAUCUUCGCGAACAAAGACACCUAUGAAGGUGCAUGGGAGCACGAUGAACCUUCCGGUCAAGGGCAGAUGAUGUAUGCGAAGACGGGAAACGUUUACGAAGGCGGGUGGAAGAAGGGAAAGAGACACGGGCAAGGGACGAUGAAGUUUGAGGUCGCGGACGAGGAGAUGAAAUUGUGCCAGGUGUGCUAUGAGGAGGAGAUGGAUAGGGUGCGCGAGGCAGGUGGAGAGUUGUCCGGUUUGUAG